CAGAAAGAUGCGUUAAGAUGGAGGUUGCUGGAGUAGAAGGCUGUGAGGCGACGGUGGUGUUUCUCUGAGAUGAAAUACAUAAAAGUUUUUAUUUCAGAGAUCCCAUGGAAUUGUAGUUGGCACUGCUCUGCAAUGUCUGUCCAUGAGAGGGAAAACGAAGACGAGCAAAGUGGAUACGAAGAAAGAAUUUUGAUGGCCAACGAUAGAAACUACAACUCUGUUUUUGACUAUCCGGACAAUACCAUCAAGACCUCAAAAUAUAGUUUUUUUAACUUCCUGCCCAUAAACCUGUUUGAACAAUUCCAGAGACUCGCAAAUGCUUAUUUCCUUAUUUUGCUGUUCCUACAGUUGAUUCCUCAGAUCUCCUCCCUGGCAUGGUAUACAACUGUGAUACCCCUGGUCGUGGUGCUAGCCAUAACAGGAGUGAAAGAUGCCAUCGAUGAUGUGAAACGACACCAGAGUGACAAGCAAGUCAACAACCGCUCUGUUUUGAUGCUGGUGGAUGGCAGGGUUGUGGAGCGCAAAUGGAUGAAUGUUCAAGUUGGAGACAUAAUAAAGCUACAAAAUAAUCACCCUGUUACCGCAGAUGUACUGUUACUUUCUAGCAGUGAGCCUUAUGGUCUGACAUACAUUGAAACAGCAGACCUGGAUGGUGAAACCAACCUGAAAGUGAAGCAGGCCAUUUCAGUUACCUGUGAGAUGGAGGAUAACCUGAAGCUGCUGUCUGCCUUUGAUGGAGAAGUUCGGUGCGAGCCCCCCAAUAACAAGCUGGACAAGUUUUCCGGAAUCCUGACCUAUCUGGGGUACACCUACUUCCUGGACCAUGACAGGCUUCUGCUCCGGGGCUGCAUCAUCAGGAACACAGACUGGUGUUAUGGUUUGGUGAUUUAUACUGGGCCAGACACCAAAUUAAUGCAGAACAGCGGAAGGUCCACCUUCAAACGAACACACAUAGACCGCCUCAUGAAUGUCCUUGUGGUCUGGAUUUUCCUGGUUUUAGGUGCAAUGUGCUUUUUGCUAUCCAUUGGACAUGGCAUUUGGGAGAGCAACAAAGGCUACUUCUUCCAGGCGUUUCUCCCAUGGCAACAUUUCAUAGGUUCAUCAACUACAAGUUCUGCCCUUGUUUUCUGGUCCUACUUCAUAGUCCUCAACACCAUGGUUCCCAUUUCGCUCUAUGUCAGUGUUGAAAUAAUAAGACUGGGCAACAGUUACUAUAUCAACUGGGAUCGACAGAUGUUUUAUGCACCAAAGAACAUCCCAGCACAGGCUCGCACUACCACUCUCAAUGAAGAACUCGGCCAAGUUAAAUAUGUGUUCUCUGACAAGACAGGAACUCUGACGGAGAAUGUGAUGGUCUUCAACAAAUGCUCUAUCAAUGGGAAGACCUAUGGUUAUUCCUAUGACGCCAAUGGACACCGUGUGCCCGUGUCUCCGAACGACAAGGUCGACUUCUCCUACAACCGCCUGGCUGACCCGAAGUUUUCGUUCUAUGAUAAUGCUUUGGUGGAAGCCGUGAAGAGUGAGGACCACUUGGUGUACUUGUUCUUCCUCUGCCUCUCAUUGUGCCACACGGUGAUGUCCGAAGAGAAGGUGGAAGGUGAGCUGGUAUACCAGGCCCAGUCACCAGAUGAAGGUGCCCUGGUCACUGCUUCUAGGAACUUUGGCUUUGUGUUCAGUUCCCGCACAUCUGAGACAAUCACAGUGAUCGAAAUGGGGAAAAUCCGAGUUUACCAGCUGCUGGCUAUUUUGGACUUCAGCUAUGAGCGCAAGCGGAUGUCUGUUGUUGUUCGGACGCCUGAAGAUCGGGUCAUGUUGUUCUGCAAGGGAGCAGACACCAUCAUCUAUGAGCUGCUCCAUCCGUCCUGUGCAUCCCUUAGUGAGGUGACCAUGGAUCAUUUGGAUUUACUAGGGGCCACAGCCAUAGAGGACAAGCUUCAAAGCGGAGUACCUGAGACUAUCUGCACCCUGACCAAAGCCAAAAUUAAGGUGUGGGUUCUAACUGGAGAUAAACAAGAGACUGCUGUGAACAUCGCCUACUCCUGUAGGAUAUUCAAGGAUGAAAUGGAUGGGGUGUUCGUGGUGGAAGGCACAGACAGGGAAACAGUUCUGCAAGAACUCAGGGCUGCAAGGAACAAGAUGAAACCUGAGUCUCUCCUGGAGUCAGAUCCUAUAAACAUUUGUCUUGCCAGGAAAACCAAAAUACCUUUCAGAAUGCUCGACGAGAUGCCCAACGGCAGCUUUGGCUUGGUCAUCAAUGGCUGCAGUCUGGCCUAUGCUCUAGAAGGGAACAUGGAGUUGGAGCUGCUGCGGACGGCAUGCAUGUGCAAGGGGGUAGUCUGCUGCCGGAUGACACCCCUGCAGAAGGCCCAAGUGGUAGACCUGGUGAAGAGAUACAAGAAGGUGGUGACACUGGCCAUCGGGGAUGGGGCCAAUGACAUCGGCAUGAUCAAAGCUGCCAAUAUUGGGGUUGGCAUCAGCGGCCAUGAAGGGAUGCAGGCCAUGCUCAACAGUGACUUUUCCUUCUGCCAGUUCCGCUACCUUCAGCGCCUCCUCUUGGUCCAUGGCCGCUGGUCGUACAAUCGCAUGUGCAAGUUUCUCAGCUACUUCUUUUACAAAAACUUUGCCUUCACACUGGUGCACUUCUGGUAUGCCUUCUUCAAUGGCUUCUCCGCACAGACAGUUUACGAUACUUGGUUCAUCACCUGCUACAAUCUGAUUUACACUUCCCUCCCUGUCCUCGGCUUGAGUCUCUUUGAAAAGGAUGUGAAUGAAACAUGGAGUCUGUGUUACCCAGAGCUGUAUGAGCCAGGACAGCACAACCUGUAUUUCAACAAGAAGGAGUUUCUGAAGUGUUUAGUGCAUGGCAUCUACAGUUCCUUCGUGUUGUUCUUUGUCCCCAUGGGCACCAUCUUCAACUCAGAGCGCAGUGACGGAAAGGACAUCUCCGACUUCCAGUCAUUCUCCCUGAUCGUGCAGUCCACCUUGAUCUGGGUGAUGACAAUGCAGAUCGCCCUGAGGACAAACUUCUGGACGCUGAUAAGCCAUGCCUUCAUCUGGGGUAGCCUGGGUUUCUACUUUUGCAUCUUACUCUUCCUGUGUAGUGAUGGCUUAUAUCUAAUGUUCCCCAGCACCUUCCAGUUCCUAGGUGUGGCCAGGAACAUCCUUAACCAGCCACAGAUGUGGCUGUGUCUUGUGCUCAGCACCGUCCUCUGCAUGAUUCCUGUGAUUGGAUACAACUUCCUCAAAUUGCUCCUCUGGCCUGUCAAUGUGGACAAGGUUUUGAACAGGAUUCAUUUCUGCUUGAAACAUCCGCUGCCACCCCCAGUCAAGACCAAAGUAAAACACCCAAGCCUUCGACGUUCUGGCUAUGCAUUCUCCCACAAGCAUGGCUUUGGAGCCCUCAUCACGUCUGGCAAGACACUGAAAUCCAAUGCCGUCAAAACAAGCAAGAGGGCCUUGUAAAAAGCAGACGCCUCAGGAAAAUCUCAGUCAGUCAGCCAUUGCUCUUCCUUUCUUGUAUUUAUGCAACUCAGUAAAAAGAGAUUGGGAUCUUUAGACACCAGCAUAAAGCGACUCCAGGGCUUCAGUUUCUUCAUUCCCAAGAAAGCUGUACCCAGGAAAGGCAAGGAAAGUGGUACCAGCCCCCAGAUAUCAGCCAGAGUUACAGCAUUUCAAGAAACAGCAAGUUGAAGCCUCCUGUCGUUCCUUCCAUAUCGUAAUCCUGACAAGCAAAUGUGGAAGAGGAGAAGAGGGGCAACAGAAAAGAAGGUAGGGCCUAAGGGCCUCAGUUUGGGCCCUGUCUCUCCCUUACCCAGAGCAACUAUAAACCUUCCCAGAACCCCACAGGAACAUAUCCCCACCCGGACACCGUUUUCAGAUUUAUCUGGAAGAGUCAGGGUGCCAGGGUGAACGUUUGGCUGGCCCUGAGUAGCAAAGGAAGAGGGAGCUGGAAGACUUAGUCUGAAGAAGCCAAAGGAGAAUUUCUGGACCAAACAGAAAAGAAGAAGAAAGGAAAGAAAUGGGAGGCGGGUCCUGCCUGGAUAGGACAGCGCAAAGUUUUGCCUUCCCCUUUCUGACCCCUUUGAUCUAAGAACUGAGGUGUAUUCAGGCAUUCAGAGCAGGAGGGGAACAACCCAGGAGAUUUAAAGAUUAAUUUCUGCAUGGGAUGUAAGCCAUUGCUGGUGAGCAUUUGUCUUCCAUAAAAUGAUUUUGAGAAGAAAUUGUAUGUACUUGAAAAAAAAUGUUUCCAAGAAGUUUGUGGAGAAAUGAAUGGAGAAAUAAAUUGCUUA